AUAAAAUUCUAAAUCAAAACUUAAUUUUAAAACUGUGCUGCAACCAGUUUUUAAGAGAUAUAGACAUUUAAAUAAAACCUACGUAAAUAAAACCAUAGUACUUCCGGUGUCAGCAUGUCUAACCCCUCUGAUAGACUCAAUUAGAUAGCUAUACACAUUUAGCCCCACUGCAACUGAUAUACUAACGUUACAGUAUACGUUUGUUCACGCAGACAUGGCUAUUACAGCUGAUCACAUCAGGGAUAAACUUAUAAAGGAGCUCGCGGCAGUGUACGUGGAUGUGGAGGAUACAUCACCCAACCGAUGUGCUGCCAGCUACAAAGUCCUGGUGGUGUCAUCCCAGUUUGAGGGCAAACCACUGUUACAGAGACACAGGAUGGUGAAUACGUGCCUAGCCGAGGAGCUGAAAGAGAUCCACGCUUUUGAACAGAAGACCCUCACACCAGAACAGUGGGAGAAACAGAAAUCACAAUGACACACACACACACACACACACACACACACACACACACACACACACACACGUUAUAUCACACUCACACCAGUUUCAAAUUUCUACUAUAAAACAGGCCUUAUGCUCUGAUAUGUAGAAAGAAUACAAGUGCUCUCUGUAAAUCAGCAGUAUUGAUAUGAAGCAAUGGAAUGUUCUGGUGGCAAUAAAACACUUUGAUGAUGUA